GGAAGCAGCCAGGACUCACCCCUCCUCCAUAUCCCGAGUAGGCCAUGGCUAGCCGAUGCCACGCUUCUGCCCAGAGAGCGCGUCACCUUGAGGGCCAGCGUCCGCCCAGGCAGCAGAAAGGCGAAGGUAAAGGUGCAGAUGCAGUGCCCUUGAUCAAAGAACUCUUAUGAAAACUGACAAAGGGUGACUCGUUGACUCCUCCCCACCAGACACUCCCCUCAGCUGAUUAUUUACAAAGUUUCUGAGAAGAGAAACGAAACUGAAACUAAGGCAGGCCAACUAUUAAAAACUGGCUGGCGGAAAGCUGAACUCAAAGUUCCACCCAGGGUGCAGCUGCGGCGGCGCCCCGAUCUCCGGUCAGGCGCCAAAGACUCAAAGCCCCGUGGUGGCGCUUUCCCGGCCUGGCCCCUCAUCCUCCUGCUCCCGGCCCACCUGCCCAGGUGAGGGCGCGCCCCCGCGAGCCAGCCUAAGGAUCCUGCGCGCAGCCUCGCGCUUCUUCCGAGCCCCUGGCACUUUAACGAAAGCCGGCAGCCUCUCACUCUCACCUGUUGAGCAGAGAACAGCCAUCGGUUGUCUACUUUGCAGAAUCCCCCACCUUCUCUGAGAAAGAAAGAUGUCGAGUGAGUGUUCCACAGACGCGCGUUUCCACUACCUUCUCUCAUGCUUCAGGACCCGAUUGAAGAGGAACAUCAAGCUGGAGUCCACCCUGGACUACCUGAACUUUUUGCCUUUUGAAGUCAAGGACCGGAUUCAGAGCAAGGCCAAGGCCAGUGGGAACACCGAGGGAGUUGAACUGCUUCUGAAAACCUUGGAAAAAGGGGACUGGCCCCCAGGCUGGACAAGGGUGUUUGUCGAAGCUCUCCGGCAAUCUGGCAGCACGCUGGCCGCGCGCUAUGCGAACCCUGACCUCACAGACUUGCCCUCACCAUCCUUUGAGAAAGCUCAUGAUGAGUGUUUCGAACUGCUGAACCUCCUUCAGCCUGCUGUGGUGAAAAAACUUGAGGUCAGCGAUGUCCUGGAUAAGUGCGUGGCGUCGGAUCUGCUGACAGAUGAAGACAGAAAUCGGAUUAGUACUGAAUACAAAAAUCAUGCAAAAGAAUCAGCUGUCAGAGAGCUACUGAGAAGGAUCGUGCAGAAAGAAAACUGGUUUUCUACUUUUCUCAAUGUUCUGAGGGAAACAGAAAACCACCAACUUGCGGACGAGUUAACAGGCACAAACUGCUCUGAAAGCAGUACAGAGACUAAGAAUUUAUCACCCGAAGAUGGUCUAGAAGUCAAAGAGCAACCUGUUUUGGCCAUAGAUCAGCCAAGUCCAGAGGAAGAAAACCUGUACACGGAGCAUAACUCAUUGGAAUCAUCUCUUGCAAAUUCUUCUAUAGCUCUAGAAUCAGACACAAGUUUGGCAGAAGGAAGUGUCAGCUGCUUAGAUGAAAGUCUUGGACAUAACAGCAACAUGGGCAGUGAUUCAGGCACCAUGGGAAGUGAAUCAGAUGAAGAGAAUAAAGUGGAAAGAUCAUCCCCUGAGCCAGAACUGCAGCUCAGGCCUUACCAAAUGGAAGUUGCUCAACCAGCGUUGGAGGGGAAGAAUAUCAUUAUAUGCCUCCCUACAGGUAGUGGGAAAACCAGAGUGGCUGUUUACAUUGCCAAGGACCACUUGGACAAGAAGAAAAAAGCCUCUGAACCUGGGAAAGUUAUAGUUCUUGUCAACAAGGUUCCAUUAGUUGAACAGCUUUUCCGCAAAGAGUUCAAUCCAUUUUUGAAGAAAUGGUACAUUAUAAAGAGAAUAAGUGGUGAUACUCAGUUGAAAAUAUCAUUUCCAGAAGUUGUCAAAUUCGGUGAUGUUAUUAUCAGUACAGCUCAAAUUUUGGAAAACUCACUUGUAAACUCAGAAAAAGGAGAAGAUGCUGGUGUCCAGUUGUCAGACUUUUCCCUUAUCAUCAUUGAUGAAUGCCACCACACCAACAAAGAAGCAGUUUAUAAUAACAUCAUGAGGCGCUAUUUGGAACAGAAAUUGCGAAACAAUACGCUUGAAAAAGCAGGCAAACCAGUGAUUCCUCUGCCUCAGAUACUGGGACUAACAGCCUCCCCUGGUGUUGGAGAAGCCAAGAAGCAAGCCAAAGCUGAGGAGCACAUUUUAAAAAUAUGUGCCAAUCUUGAUGCAUUUACCAUUAAAACUGUGAAAGAAAAUAUUGUUCAACUCAAAGACCAAAUAAAAGAGCCAUGCAAAAAGCUUGAAAUUGCAGAUGACCCUAGAAAAGAUCCUUUUAAAGACAAGAUUCUAGAAAUAAUGACACAAAUUCAGAGUUUUUGCCAAAUGAAUCCAAUGUCAGAUUUUGGAACUCAACCUUAUGAACAAUGGGCCAUUCAAAUGGAAAAAAAAGCUGCAAAAGAAGGAAAUCGCAGAGACCGUGUUUGUGCAGAACAUUUGCGGAAGUACAAUGAGGCCUUACAAAUUAAUGACACGAUCCGCAUGAUUGAUGCAUAUAAUCACCUCAAAACUUUCUAUAAAGAUGAGAAACAAAAGAAGUUUAUAGUUCUAAGUGACAGUGAUGAGGAUGGUGGUAACUGUGGCCAUGAUGAUGGUAAUAAAGAUGGACAUGAUGAAGACAACCCUGAGAAACUUAUGAAACUGCAUGAAACAGAUAAAUUUCUUAUAACUUUAUUUUAUGACAACAAAAGGAGUUUGAAAAAACUGGCUGAAAAAACAGAAUAUGAAAAUGAAAAGCUGAUCAAGUUAAGAAACACGAUAAUGGAACAAUACACAAGGACUGAAGAAUCAGCACGAGGAAUAAUUUUCACAAAAACACGACAAAGUGCAUACGCGCUUUCCCAGUGGAUUUCUGAAAAUGAAAAAUUUGCUGAAGUAGGGGUCAAAGCCCACCAUCUGAUUGGAGCUGGACACAGCAGUGAGUUUAAGCCUAUGACACAGAAUGAACAAAAAGAAGUCAUUAGUAAAUUUCGCACAGGAAAAAUAAAUCUGCUUAUCGCUACCACAGUAGCAGAAGAAGGUCUGGAUAUCAAAGAAUGUAAUAUUGUUAUCCGGUAUGGCCUCGUCACUAAUGAAAUUGCCAUGGUCCAGGCCCGUGGUCGAGCCAGAGCCAGUGAGAGCACCUAUGUCUUGGUUGGCGACAGUGACUCAGGAGUUUUUGAACGUGAAACAGUUAAUGAUUUCCGAGAAAAAAUGAUGUACAAAGCUAUAGAACGUGUUCAAAAUAUGGAACGAAAGGAGUAUGCUCAUAAGAUUUUGGAAUUACAGAUUCAAAGUGUAAUGGAGAAGAAAAUGAAAGCCAAGAAAAUUAUUGCAAAGCAAUUCAAGGAUAACCUACCAUCAAUAAAUUUUCUCUGCAAAAACUGCAGUGUGGUAGCCUGCUCUGCAAACGAGAUCCACGUAAUUGAGGGGAUGCACCACGUCAAUAUGACACUAGAUUUCAAGAAGCGCUACAUUGUGAGAGAAAACAUAGCACUUAACAUGAAGUUUGCUGACUAUCAAAUAAAUGGCGAGAUUAUCUGCAAAACAUGUGGCCAAGCUUGGGGAACAAUGAUGGUACACAAAAGCUUAGACUUGCCUUGUCUCAAAAUAAAGAAUUUUGUAGUGGUUUUCGGAGAUAAGUCACCAAAGAAACAAUACAAAAAGUGGGUCGAACUGCCUAUUACAUUUCCUCAGCUGGACUAUUCAGACUAUUAUAAAUUGAAUAAUGAGUACUGAUAUUUGAUUCAAUAUUCUUUGCAAAUAUUACCAUCUUAACACUUGCCAUGGUUUUGAUCAAAGAUUUCAUUGUGCUACAGAACAAAUGUGAGAAUAAAUAAAUCAUUACUCUGCUUUGAAUUGUUUAUAGAGGAAGACAAUAUAUUAUUCUCUCAAUUACACAUCUUAUUGGUGGGCAAGGGUUAAAAAAAAUCUACCCAUUAUACUCAUUAGUGUGGAGCUUAUAGUACUGUGGACAGCAGGCUGGAGUGUAUAGGCAGAGCCAAGCUAGCAAUCGCCGUGCUAUCAUUCAUUUCAGAAUACAGCUCAGCAAAUAGUUCAUCUCUCUAUAUGGGCCAUUUCGUGGGGGAAAUGGCUAUA